AGCAGGCUGAAGAUGGGUGGGAUCAACAUUGUUUUUUCUGCGACUAUUUGUCUUUUUGUCACCGUCCAAACAGGCUUCGUGUUCAGCAUCAAGUACCGCCUAGAAAAAUCGUUUCAACCAAUCGCUUUUCAGCACAGUGAGAAAUUGGGAGGAGCGAGCUCCAGAAAUUCCGAGGCUGUUGGGGUUGUGUGACACAUUGUUCCAGUAUAAUACAGAAAAGACAUCGUUACGCACAGCCGGGGAACCAAAAAUCCGGUAUUUUACACGAAGGCUAGCUUAUAAGCUAUUAGCUAACGCCUAACGUUAGCUAUGGAGGAGAGGAAAGAGGAGGGCGAAGCGGAGAUCCAGGAGCACGGCCCCGAGCACUGGUUCUCGAAAUGGGAACGGCAGUGCUUAGCGGAGGCUGAACAGAAUGAGCCAAACGAAGAGGACACCGAGCAAAGCCAGCAGAAGCUGUGGCACCUGUUUCAGAACUCGGCCACGGCGGUAGCGCAGCUCUACAAAGAUCGAGUAUGUCAGCAGCAAGGACUCUCCCUCUGGGUGCCCUUCCAAAAUGCAGCCACAGCUGUCACUAAUUUGUAUAAAGAGAGCAUGGAGGCCCGCCAGCGGAGCUAUGACCUGGGCAUCCACUUAGGCUACCAGCGCAGGAAUAAAGAGGUGAUUGCAUGGGUGAAAAAACGCAGAAGAACUAUCAGGCGAGAAGACCUCAUUAGCUUCCUGUGUGGCAAAGUUCCACCUCCCCGUACAGCUCGCGCCCCACCCAGAGUUUCCAUGGUGUCUGCAAGCAGACCAUCGCCCCCAGAGACUGGAAGCUCAGUGGAGACCGACCUGCAACCAUUUAGAGAGGCCAUCGCACUGCACGGCCUUAGUGGUGCCAUGGCCAGCAUCUCUGUGCGUUCUGGUCCUCCUGGUUCCCCAACUCACCCCGCACAGUCUCUCAGUCGUCGUAGGAAUGGGCUUCAUGAUGUGGACCUCAACACCUUCAUAGCUGAGGAGAUGGCGCUCCAUUUAGAUUCCACCACCAAUCGUAAACGAGGCCCUGCCCCCUGUAGUGAUGUCAUCACAGACUCGCCCACUCAUAAACGUAACCGGAUGCUCUGAACUUUUCCUACACCACUGAUCCCUCUUCUGUCUUCUCCUCAGUGGCCAACUGGACAGCUGAUGGGGACUGAUGCCUUGGCCAACCACUGAAAUCUUCCUUAGUUGCAAUGCUACAAAUAAAAAAAAAAAAAAAAAAAAAAACUGUUCUCAGCCUACAUAUUUAGCCCCUUCUUUACUCCCUCCACUUCUUUUCUCAGCAGGAAAUUUGGUGUCGUCUCACACGUCCUCUCGGUGGUAGAGUUCUGUUCCUUUUUCAGCUGAUUUACUUCAAUGUUUGUUAGCCCUCUGUCGAUCUGAUCGAGGCAAGCACACUUUACACUUGAAAUUCUCGACGUACAGAAUGUUGUGUUGAGAUUUUAUUUUAUUUUUUUUUUGGGCCGGGCUCCUUUGUGCUUAACAUUCAGUGAUCAGAUGGACCAGACUGUUGCCUGCAGUUUGUGGUUUUCUUAACCUUUUUCCUCAAACAUACUUUCUCCUCUUUUGAGUGCUGGCCAAACCAGACUGAACUAAAAUCCAGGCUCCUUGGGAGGCCAAACUGCCUCCCUACUGUGUGGCUCGACUCAAACGCUUUUCAGCGUGUGCAUCUCAUUCUGCUGCUCUGUGUGUUUGCGUAUCUGACAGCAGAACUGCCACUUACUGUGUCGUACUUGUCUUCGCCUUUGAGAAAGCUGCUACAGUAUCUCUGGUUUUUGUGCAACAAAGAGUGUGCGUGUGUGCUUGUGGAUCCAAGAUUCUGGCAAAUCCAGUAUCCACUUGAUGACUCUUAUGAAAUUCAUCCCACUUUUAUUUUCUUUAGUUCCUCUUUGCAGUCCAAACCAGGGUUUUUAUCAUGAAAUAGGCCAUUCAAAUGCACACAGAUAAGUGGGCUGACUGGGUGGGGACAGUGAGAUGCAUCUUUUAUCUACUGUUUUAAUGCAUUUCUUCCCCCCCACUGUUUUCUAACCAUGCUGUUACCUGUUGUAAUGUUAUAAAAAAUACAAAUGUGGUACGCACAGUUUCCAUAUCAGCGUCCAGAUGCAUUUGAUACAGCACAGGCUCUUGAAU